CACUACCCCUCAUCUUAGCUUCACCCCCUUUCCCCUCCCCCCUUCGCCCACCCAACAAGCACUCACCACUCCCUUCAUCCAAGCUUGCUUGCAUCUCGACUCGCUCCUCUCCGCCGCACACCGGGAUCGACCAAGAAACGGGGCGGUAUCGGCGGAUCGAUCCGUUGAUAUGGGAGAUCACCAGCUGAUGUACGCUGCUCCGGCCAUGCACAACGGCGGCGGUGGCGGAGCUGUCUCACACUCACACGGCAUGUGGUGGAACAGCAACACGACCGCGGUGCCUGCGGCGGCGUGCUCGACGGAGCUCGCAGGGUUCAAUACCUGGCCGGCCGCUCAGCUGGCUGCUGGUGGCUACGACAUGGCGGCGGCCGACGGUGGCAAGGCCAAGAGCUGCACCACCACGGCCUCCUCCGAGUCGCCCGGGAACAACAGCUCCGUAACCUUCCAAGAAACAGCCAGCAUCAGCGACCCGGCAGCCGGCGGCGCCGCCGGCUUCACCGACUGGAAUAACCCUUACAUGAGCAACGGCGGCGGUGGUAACAUGCAUGGGUUUCUGCAAGUUGGUGACCACCAUGACAUGAGCUCAAGAACGGACCAGCAGAGCCACAUGAACGUGUCAAGUCUGAUGAAUGAUGCAUCACCGAAUAACCUAGACCUAGCGCUGCAAGGCCACCACCAGCAGCACCAGCACGCCGGCGAUCACCGCCAUCAGCAGCAUCUGCUACUGUCCAGCCUGGGGGCACCCGAGCUGCUCCUGUCGCCGAGCUCGCCCUACGGGUUCCAGUCGUCUUCGUUACUGAGGAGCCUCUUGGAGCCGAUGGCCAAACCGGCACCGGCGGCGGCGGGGAUUCAGCAGUAUCAGUACCAGCAGAUGGGCGGACAGGCAGGGGUCAGGGAGCCGCUCCAGUUCACCAACGAUGCGGCGUUCUGGAAUCCGUCUGCCGGGUUCGGCAUGGCGAUGCCAGCGCCCGCGGCGGCUGACCAGACCAGCGUGCGUUCGGUGAAACGACCCUCGUCGGCGCCGCGCGGGGCAAGCCUUGCACUAAAGACUGUGUCGUUAGAAGGUGUGGGAGACUCUAGCUCAAUCGUUAGCAAGAAGGCCAGCAGCGAGCCGGCAUUCAAGAAACCGAGGAUGGGGACGCCGUCGCCAAUGCCGACCUUCAAGGUUAGGAAGGAGAAGCUAGGGGACAGGAUCACAGCACUCCAACAGCUCGUCUCUCCUUUCGGAAAGACGGAUACGGCGUCGGUGCUCCACGAGACCAUCGAGUACAUCAAGUUCCUCCACGACCAAGCUGGUGUGCUUAGUGCUCCAUACCUAAAGAGGGGCCAUCAUCAGCAUCAAGUGCCACAGUACCUCAAGAGCUCGAGUGCUAGCCCUGACAAGUCGUGCAAGGACGGCAGCGGCGAGGCGUCGCUCAAGGGCCGGGGGCUGUGCCUGGUGCCGAUAUCGAGCACGUUCGCGGUGGCAAGCGAUGGGCCCGUCGACUUCUGGACUCCCUUUGGCGGCCAGUUUAGGUAGAUGAAGGCCGCCCCGCCGGGUGGAACGAACGUGCGGCGCAGAUCGAUCUGACGGCGUUCCUUGAUCGACCUUGAUGAUUUAGUAUCUAUAAGUAGUUCAUGAUCGUAAUUUGUAACGGAUAGCACUACGUACUGAUGAAGCUAUAUGGUUAGCUAGAUGAACCUUUGGAAUGAGUGCUUCAAGACUUGUACUCAUUCUUCAGGUUCAUCAGGGAAUAAUCAAUGGAUUUAACUCA